AGAAAAAAACUAUAGACUAUAGAGAGAGGAAAGGAGGAGAGAGACAAUAAGAAGAGAGAGGGGGGUUGAAGGGCACUUUACCACUUUUACAUGCUGCGCGCAUCUACAGCAGAAAAUAGAAGGAAGACAGAGUACUGCAAAGCCACAACAAGAAGGCAAGAGAAGAAGAGAAGAAGCUGAGAGGGGGGAGAGAGAAAAACACAAAAAAACUGAACGAAGUUAACUAGCUUGGAAGAACCAUGGAGAUAAAAGAUGGUACAAAAAACGAGGUAGCUAGCUAGACGAGUACCCAAGAAGAAGAAGAAGAAGAAGAACUCUUUUACAAGCUUUCUGUGUGUUCUAAAAUGGGAUUUUUUUUUCUUUUUGCCAGACCUCUCUUUGUGCAUUUAACAACUUGUCUCCUCUGAAAAAAAAUUGAUUUUGAUUUUGGAAGUUUUUUUUUUGUCUCUUGUUGCAAGGUCCAACUUCUUGUUUUGUUAUAUACAAACUAAUCCCAUAAAUAUUUUGCCUUUCAGUUACUUGCUUCUGCAAAGCUUUAAAUCCUGAAGGGGGUAGUGGUGGGGGUGGUUUCUUGAUUUUCGUUAAAAUAAACUGGAUAUAUUCGGGUUUCUUGAAUUCUUAGUUUCUUGAUUUUGUUAAAUGAAGGCCAUGCCCCUACCCUCUGAGGACUUUCAAGGGAAGGGGGUGUUAGAUUUCUCUUCGUCUACUACUUCCUCUCCAAAUUCACUGUAUCAAUACCACCACAAGUGGCAGAACAACAACAGCAAAGAAAGUUGUGGUUUUUUUGUGGGCGGUGCUGAGCCCACAUCUGUACUUGACACAAUAAGCAGACGAAGCCCACCAACAUCGUCCUCAACACUGUCUUCUUCUCAAGGCGGAGGAGGUGGUGGCGGAGGAGCCUCCACCGACACCACCAACGACGUGGCAGCAGCUGGUGGAAGCAUCCCUUGUGUAGAUGAAGAAUGUGGACAGCAACUUGGAAUGGAGGAUUGGGAGAGUGUGUUGCCAGGUUCUCCUAGUCAAGAGCAGUCAAUUUUAAGGCUAAUUAUGGGUGAUAUUGAGGACCCAUCCGUGGGACUUAACAAGCUGUUACAAGGUGGAAGUAGGUCUCUAGAUAUGGAGCAUGCAUCAGGCUUUGGUGUUGUAGAUCAAGUUUUUGGCUUUGAUAUAUCCAAUAUGAGUUCUGCAAGUGCCAACUUCGUUGCCAACAACAACAACAUUGAUCCUUCUUCAAUCCAUGGGAUCAAUCUUUUGCCAGGUUUGUUUCAGCAACAGCAGCAGCAGGCAGCAUUCGAUCAAGAUGAGAAGCCGCAGAUUUUGAAUCCAGGGAUGAUAAGCAACCAGAACCAACAUCAGUCUGUGCAAAAUCCAGCUAUGUUUUUGCCAUUCUCAUAUUCACAAUUACAAGAGCAUCAUAAUAACCAGCAUUUCUCAUCACCACCGCCGUCGAAAAGGCUUAAUUCUGGGCUUGUUGGAGUCAAUUAUGUGCCAAAAGUCUUUGAUUCGAGGCCUCCAGAGUUGUUUCUUCCACGACAACAUCAACAACAGCAGCAGAAUCAUCAGUUUCAAAUGUUGCAGCAACAGCAGCAGCAGAGGCAGGGAGUGAUCAUGAAUCAGAAAAUUGCAAGCGAUGAAUUGGCAAACCAGCAGCAGCUUCAACAGGCAAUAAUAAACCCGAUAUGUCAAGCAGCAGAGCUGAUCGAAAAUAGGAAUCCGGUACUAGCGCAAGGGAUAUUGGCGCGGCUCAAUCACCAGCUCUCUCUUCCUAUCGGUAAGCCUUACCAAAGGACUGCUUUUUACUUCAAGGAUGCCUUGCAGUUGCUUCUCCACUCGAGCAGCAACAACUCAAUUGAUACUGCUUGUAACCUGAUUUUCAAGAUCGGUGCUUAUAAAUCUUUCUCUGAGAUCUCACCAAUCCUCCAGUUUGCGAAUUUUACUUGCAACCAAGUUCUUCUCGAGGCUUUUGAGGGGUUCGAGAGAAUUCAUAUUGUUGAUUUUGAUAUUGGAUAUGGUGGACAAUGGGCUUCUCUUAUGCAAGAACUGGCUUUGAAGACUGGAGGUGCCCCUUCUCUUAAAAUCACUGCUUUUGCUUCUCCUUCCUCACAUGAUGAGCUCGAGCUUGGUUUCACUCAAGAAAAUUUAAGAAUCUUUGCAAGCGAAAUGAACAUGCCAUUCGAGCUUGAAAUUUUAAGCCUUGAAUCCUUGGGUUCUGGUUCUUGGCCAAUGCCUCCGCGCACAUCGGAAAAGGAAGUAACUGCCGUGAAUCUUCCAAUUGGCUCCUUUUCAAAUGACCCAUCAACUCUUCCUCUGGCUCUUCGCUUUGUAAAGCAACUGUCACCCAAAGUUGUGGUCUCUUUGGACAGAGGCUGUGACCGAAGCGACCUCCCAUUUGGGCACCAUAUCAACCAUGCCAUUCAAUCUUAUUCAGGCCUGCUGGAAUCACUGGAUGCUGUGAAUGUGAACUUGGAUACAUUACAAAAGAUUGAGAGGUUUUUGGUCCAACCAGGCAUUGAGAAAAUUGUUCUGGGUCGUCAUCGUUGCCCUGAUAGGACUCCUCCUUGGAGGAAUCUCUUUUUGCAGUCUGGUUUCACUCCAUUGACUUUCAGUAACUUCACCGAGUCACAAGCCGAGUAUUUGGUGCAACGUACUCCAGUUAGGGGUUUCCAUGUUGAAACGAGACAAUCUUCUCUUGUUCUUUGCUGGCAACGGAAGGACCUGAUAUCGGCUUCUGCUUGGAGGUGUUAAGAACAAAAAAAAAUAGCAUUUUGGAUAUUGUUUCUAUGGUGCCGAGCUCGUAAUCCCCGGUUUAAUUUCUGAUCUUUUUUGAAUCUUGUUGUCUCUGGUACUCAUUCGCUUAUUGUCUAUGUGGUCUAGGCCUCCUAUUAUUUCCAAUCAAGAAACUGAACAUUUGACUAA